GUGGAGUUGCGACAGGCAGUGGAAGAGGCUGUGAAGGAGGCCCCGGAAUAUCGCUGCAUGCAGUCCCAGUUUUCUGUUUUGUAUAACGAGAGUCUCCAGCUGAAGGCACACCUUGACGAGGCCCGCACACUGCUCCAUGGCACCCGUGCCACACACCAGCGCCAGGUGGAGCUGAUUGAGAGGGAUGAGGUCAGCCUUCACAAGAAGCUGCGCACUGAGGUGAUUCAGCUGGAGGACACCCUGGCACAAGUUCGCAAAGAAUAUGAGAUGUUGAGGAUAGAGUUUGAACAGACACUUGCUGCCAAUGAGCAAGCAGGCCCCAUUAAUCGGGAGAUGCGUCACCUCAUCAGCAGCCUCCAGAAUCACAACCACCAGCUGAAGGGAGAAGUGCUGAGAUACAAGCGCAAACUGAGAGAGGCCCAGUCUGACCUGAGCAAGAUCCGCUCUCGUAGUGGCAGUGGUCUCCUCCAAUCCCAGUCCAGCACUGAAGACACAAAGGAAGAACCUGCAGAGAUCAAGCAGGAGCCUGAUGAUCCUUCUGCCCAAGUGACUGUUCCCAAGGCUGCUUCUGAAGAUGUUAAUGAGAUGAAGGCCAGGCGAGAUGAAGAGGAACGGGAGCGGGAGAGACGGGAAAGGGAGAGGGAACAAGAGAAGGAAAAGGAGAAGGAGAGAGAACGAGAAAAAGAGAAGGAAAAGGAACGAGAGCGGGAAAAGCAGAAACAGAAGGAAUCAGAGAAGGAGAGAGAGUCCAAAGAGAAGGAGAAAGGGAAGCAUGAAGAUGGAAGAAAGAAGGAGGCUGAAGUGAUCAAGCAGCUGAAAGCUGAGCUCAAGAAGGCCCAGGAGAGUCAGAAGGAGAUGAAACUGUUGCUGGAUAUGUACCGCUCUGCCCCCAAAGAGCAGAGAGACAAAGUGCAGCUGAUGGCAGCUGAGAAGAAGGCAAAAGCUGAGCUUGAAGAACUGAGGCAGAGGGUGAAAGAAUUGGAAGACAAGGAAAAAAAGGAAAGUAAGAAGAUGGCUGAUGAGGAUGCCCUCCGCAAGAUCCGAGCAGUGGAGGAACAGAUUGAAUAUUUACAGAAGAAGCUUGCCAUGGCUAAGCAGGAGGAAGAGGCCCUGCUGUCAGAAAUGGAUGUCACAGGCCAAGCCUUUGAAGACAUGCAAGAGCAGAACAUCCGCCUGAUGCAGCAGCUGCGGGAGAAGGAUGAUGCCAACUUCAAGCUGAUGUCAGAACGUAUCAAGUCCAACCAGAUCCAUAAGCUGCUGAAAGAGGAAAAGGAGGAGCUAGCAGACCAAGUUUUGACACUGAAAACACAGGUAGAUUCCCAGCUGCAGGUUGUACGUAAGCUGGAGGAGAAGGAACACUUACUGCAGAGCAGCAUUGGAACAGGAGAGAAGGAGCUGGGUCUGCGAACACAGGCCCUGGAGAUGAACAAACGCAAGGCCAUGGAUGCAGCCCAGCUUGCAGAUGAUCUGAAGGCCCAGCUAGAGCUGGCUCAGAAGAAGUUACGUGAUUUCCAGGAGGAGAUUGUGGAAAACAGAGUAACUAGAGAGAAAGAGAUGUUCAACUUCAAAAGGGCGGAGGAAGAUAUUUCUAGGUUGCGCAGGAAGCUGGAGACCACAAAGAAGCCUGACAUGGUUCCCAACUGUGAUGAGAUCCUGAUGGAGGAAAUCAAGGAUUACAAGGCCCGCCUGACGUGCCCCUGCUGCAACAUGCGCAAGAAGGACGCGGUGCUCACCAAGUGCUUCCACGUCUUCUGCUUCGAGUGCGUGAAGACGCGCUACGACACCCGGCAGCGCAAGUGCCCCAAGUGCAACGCGGCCUUUGGGGCCAACGACUUCCACAGGAUCUACAUCGGCUGAGGCUCUCAGAGCCCCUGCUGGUGCAGAGCCAGCCUCCCUCCCUCCCUCCCUCUCAGCUUCUGCUGCCUGAGCUGCAGUGUCUCCUGGGAGGUGCCUUCGGGGUCUCAGAAGAAACACACUCUGGAUCUUGCUUCCUUUCUUGGCUCUGUCCCUUUGGUCUUGCCCUCAGUUUUUGUGUGUUCUUUGUGCCUGAGAGGAAAUUUCCCAUCCCUUGCUUUCACACUGCCAAGGGGGAACAUGCAGCUGAAGUGCUGCCUUGGUGGGAUGGAAGCUGAGCUGUAGCAGAGAUUAGUGAGAGCUUCAUUUAAGGGCUCUGCUUUGGAUGCUAAUUAAGUCCCAUCAAGGAAUCCUGGGAGGGAAGUGUUUCCCAAUUAACAGGCCCAAUAGAGGCCAAGGAAAUGAAUAUGUAGACUCAAUGGAGCAACUCCUUAGGUACCUGUAUAUCUUCCUGAGCCCAGGCAAGAACCCCUGAGGGCUAGUGCACUAGGAAACAUCCUCCCUAGCCCUGAACAAACACAGCUAAAUAUCCAGAAGAGGAGAAAGGAGAGAUCUUGGAGACCCUUAGAAAAUAGCAUUCCAUUGAUGAGCCCUGGUUGAUGUGCUCACCUUCCCCUAGGCUGAGGCAUUGCUGUCGUUGUCCUUCUCAGAAAAGGACUUUUAGCAGUUCCUUUGCUACAGCUUUACCACAAAGAUUAACCUUGUUAUGUACAAAUUCUUAUUAAAGUUGUUGUUUGGUUUA